AUGGGCGUCAACCUCGUGUCAGAUGACGGAAGCACUAUAGGCACUGUGUACGAAACCUGUGGCACAAAGAGCCUCGAAGCGGGCGACAAAUUCGGCAAAUCAUUGCGUAUUCGGCGGUACAAGUUGCCCAUGGGUCCUUGGCCGAAAGGCCCGCAUCUUGGAGGACCUGGCUUUCGGAUCGUUGUGGACGAGAGUCUAGAGAUGUGGGCGACGAUGCUGUAUACUAAGGUCCUUGGAUGGACGAGAGAGGAGGUCGAGAUGAUCUUUGCAAAAAUGCGGGAGGAGAUCAAUAAUCCAAGUCUGCACGCGGACAUCGAGCUAUCAGUGUUGUAUGGGCAGAAACCCGAGAUUUAG